AUGGGUUGUUUUCGUUGCAGUGGGAAAUCAAUCAAGGAUGAUAAUAUCAACAUCAACGAUAAUAAUAAGAAUUCUAGACAAGGUGAUCAAAGACAAACCACUUCAGAUACAUCAAGGGUUGCUUCACACGAUACUGUAAAGAAAGAGGAGGUUUCAAAGGAUGACCAAUUAUCUAGAGAUGUAAAGAACUUAAAUUUGGAAGAUGAUACAAACGGUGGCAAGAGGGCAGAGACAUUUACAUUUGAAGAACUUGCGGUUGCAACUGGUAAUUUUAGGUCAGAUUGUUUUUUGGGUGAAGGAGGUUUUGGCAAAGUUUAUAAGGGCCACUUGGAUAGAAUCAACCAGGUUGUCGCUAUCAAGCAACUUGAUAGAAAUGGAGCUCAAGGGAUAAGGGAAUUUGUUGUUGAGGUAUUGACAUUAAGCUUAGCAGACCACCCUAAUCUUGUAAAAUUGAUUGGCUUUUGUGCUGAAGGCGAUCAGAGACUAUUGGUUUAUGAGUACAUGCCCUUAGGAUCUUUGGAAAACCAUUUAUUUGAUAUUCGAUCUGAUAGAAAACCACUUGAUUGGAAUACAAGGAUGAAAAUAGCAGCUGGUGCAGCAAGGGGCUUGGAAUAUUUGCACGAAAAAAUGAAGCCCCCUGUUAUAUACCGUGAUCUAAAAUGUUCUAACAUAUUGCUUGGUGAGGGGUAUCACCCCAAGUUAUCUGAUUUUGGCUUGGCUAAAGUAGGUCCUAGUGGGGAUAAGACACAUGUAUCCACAAGGGUUAUGGGCACGUACGGGUAUUGUGCACCGGAUUAUGCAAUGACUGGUCAGCUGACAUUUAAAUCAGAUAUUUACAGCUUCGGCGUUGUCCUUUUGGAGCUCAUCACUGGUCGGAAAGCAAUUGAUCAAACAAAAGAUAGAAAGGAGCUAAAUCUGGUUGCAUGGGCUCGACCCAUGUUCAAAGACCGAAGGAACUUUUCCAAAAUGGUUGACCCAUUGCUUGAAGGUCAAUAUCCUGUGAGAGGUUUGUACCAAGCUCUUGCCAUUGCUGCUAUGUGCGUUCAGGAGCAGCCUAACAUGCGGCCUGCCAUAUCUGAUGUUGUAAUGGCUCUCGGUUAUCUUGCGUCCCAGAUAUAUGAUCCCCUAAACCCUUCAGCCAGAAGUGCCCGAAGGAAACCACCUUGUCUUGUCGAAGAAACUGGGGAAACUGCUGAUCCAAAAAAUGGUGGCAGUGAGUCCCCCAGCAGCAACUAGGCCAGAAGAAAGACGAAAUCAGGAAUAAAAUGGUCCAUACCUUUCUCCACUGUUUAUAUACAGGCAGUAGUAGGGCCUUGUUAUCAAAUUUUGUUCUGUCAGAAGAUAACAGGUGCUACUCGCAUACAGGAAAUUUGCCCUUUUACUCUUCCAUCUCUGUUGUACAUGUGAGCUAGCUGAGGCUCUUAUUCCAGAGAUGCCUCUUUGCUGAACCAUUUUUCCAUAAAUAAUAGUUUAGCUUAAUAA